UAAAGUCGUUAUUUACAGCAAAUUUCUCUUCUCAAUUUUUUUUCCUGCGCUUGCAGUUGCUCUAUCUACUGGCUACAGCGCCUCUCUCUCUCUCUCUUCCCCUCUGGCCGCUGCUCCUCUCGUCGUCUAUCUGAACGCGCCGUUUCUGUUCGUAGUGGUUUGCUGCGCUCUCCACGAACCUCUUCCUUCUCCAAGAUCACAACUCUCAGUUUUUCUGUAGUUUUUCUCUUCUUUUAAGCUCUUUCUGUGUAUUUAUCAUUUUGUGUUUAUUUUUGUCUAUGUACUUGAAUAUGAAAUCUAGAGAGUUGUAUAGAGAUAUGCGUGUGUUGUGGCGUGUGUAUAGAUUUGAGAAGUAGAGGUUUUGUUACAGCGGAGUUGACCCGAGCCAACGACUGCUCGGGGAGGAAGGUUCUUAGAUCAGUAUGGACAUGGAAACUAAUUGGACUUUCGGGAAAUCCGACCCUAAUUCAAGCUACUUGCAGAAAUUCCGACUAUAUGAGACUCGCUCGGACACCUUCCACGUGUUUAUUGUCUACUUUUGCUCCUCUCAAAUAGUGAGAUAAUUUUUAUAUAAUAGGAAGAGAUAAGAACAGAACUUUUUGGAGGAUUUUAAAGAUUGACCGGUUAGAACCAUCUGAACUAUUUAUUCUUGAAGAUUCUACAACCUACUCAGAAAGUGAAUGCUGUGACUUGCUAAGGCGAAUACAUGAAGGGAAUAAAUCAACUGGUGGACUUAAAUUUGUAACUACUUGCUAUGGAAUAGUUGGUUUCAUUAAGUUUUUGGGACCUUAUUACAUGUUGCUGAUAACCAAAAGAAGGAAAAUUGGUGCAAUAUGUGGCCAUACAAUAUAUGCCAUCAGCAAAAGCGAGAUGAUUCCUAUUCCAAAUUCUUCUAUGCGGUCCAAUAUGACUAAUUCUAAGAAUGAGAACAGAUACAAGAAGCUCCUAUGCACAAUGGAUCUUACAAGGGACUUCUUUUUCAGCUAUUCAUAUCAUGUCAUGCAUUGUCUUCAAAAGAAUUUAUGUAGCAAUGAGACAGGGCAAGCUCACUAUGAAACAAUGUUUGUUUGGAAUGAAUUUUUAACACGAGGAAUCCGGAAUAACCUCAAGAAUACUCUAUGGACAGUGGCAUUAGUAUAUGGCUUCUUUAAACAGGUCAAACUUUCAGUAGCUGGUAGGGAAUUUAAGUUGACUCUAAUUGCUAGGCGAUCACGACAUUAUGCCGGCACAAGAUAUUUAAAACGCGGUGUGAAUGAGAAGGGUAGGGUGGCUAAUGAUGUUGAGACAGAACAAAUUGUGUUUGAAGAUGUUCCUGAGGGACAUCCAGUGCAAAUAAGUUCUAUUGUGCAAGAUCGGGGUUCAAUUCCACUUUUCUGGUCCCAGGAAACUUCACGAUUGAAUAUUAAACCUGAUAUUAUAUUAUUGAAGAAAGACCAAAAUUAUGAGGCUACGAAGCUUCAUUUUGAAAAUCUUGUAAAGAGAUAUGGAAAUCCAAUAAUCAUUUUGAAUUUAAUAAAGACACAUGAAAAGAAGCCUCGAGAAAGUAUACUCCGCACCGAGUUUGCUAAUGCUAUCAGAUACAUAAAUAAAGGCUUAUCAGAGGAUAAGCGCCUUAGGUUCCUCCACUGGGAUUUGCAUAGACAUUCCAGAAAAGCUACCAAUGUAUUGUCACUUCUAGGGAAAGUGGCAGCAUAUGCAUUGAACUUGACUGGCAUCUUUUAUUGUCAAGUCACACCAAGUUUAAGGCCCAUUGGGUUUUUGUAUUCAUCUGAGAAAAAUGAUGAUGAAUGCUCUCUCAAAAUUACUUCCAAUGAAAAUGACUUGAGAAGGAAUUUGGACUCAGGAAUUACCAAUGCUUGUUCUGAAGAUGACAUAAAUCAGAGUAUCAAGACCCCUAUGUUUCAAAAUGGGGUGCUAAGGACCAAUUGCAUAGACUGUUUAGAUCGCACAAAUGUUGCCCAAUAUGCCUGUGGUCUGGUGGCUCUUGGUCAUCAACUGCGUGCUCUUGGAUUUGUAGAAUCAGAAAAUAUUGAUUUAGAUAAUCCGUUAGCAGAGGAUUUAAUGGGGAUCUAUGAGACAAUGGGUGACACACUUGCAUUACAGUAUGGUGGCUCUGCUGCACACAACAAGAUAUUUUCAGAAAGGAGAGGCCAGUGGAAAGCUGCAACUCAGUCCCAAGAGUUUUUUAGAACUUUACAGCGUUAUUACAGUAAUGCAUACAUGGAUGCUGAAAAACAAGACGCUAUUAACGUAUUCUUGGGUCACUUCCAACCACAACAGGGAAAGCCAGCAUUAUGGGAAUUGGAUUCAGAUCAGCAUCACAAUGUUAGAGGACAUGGUCCUGAUUUGGUUGAUGAGGGUGCUAGGUCAUUCAUUAAAAGGUCACUAUCAGAUGGCAAUCUUCUUUGUGAAAGUGACUCGCUUGUAACAGCUACCAAGGUUGUACAUAAUAAGGCUUUUUCCGAGGAGCAAGGAGUUUGCAAGGGUCUUUCAGAUUCAACUCCAGAGAUCUCCACCUGUGAAAGUGAUAUGUCAUACUCUAGGUAUACUCCCUCAAUGCCUCGCAUGCAACUUUUUAAAGAUAUAGGGGAAGAAUACUAUGAAAGUGAUCCUAUUUGCUAUGAUGAACAUGGGGAUGCAUGUAGUUGCUCAAAUUUUCUUGACUUGGACUGGCUUUCUUCAUCAGGGAAUUCUUGUGAAGGAGAUCCUUUUGAUAGGUCAAUUGCUGGCCUAUCACAUGAUUGUCUUGUGAAUGAACUGAAACGCGAAAUAUCUGCCAGUGAGUCUGGAUCUAGCUCGAAGGGAAAAUAUCAAACAGGGGCUGACAUCUCUUCUGAAGACGCGACGGGUGGAUUUUCAGAGCGGUUUCUGCAGUGGGUAACACAUGGGGAGGCACUUUUCCAAAUAAGUUAGUUACCUUGGAUUUGAGAUGAUAGUAAUUUAUCCGAUCUCUUGAUCCCAUCCGAAGGAUGUGGAUUACAUAAUAGAGAAUAAAGAGCAGGACACCUCCCUAAAGAUAAGAAAGGCACUGGCAUCUCCUGAAGCUAUGUACUGAAUUACUGUAAUGUUAGCGGCAUUUUGUCUGAUUUUUGUUCAGAAGAGUGUGAUCGAGACAACACAACACGAAUAUGCUAAUUCAUUUGGAGCUCCCAGCUCAGGGUUCUCCAAUUCCUCUAGGAUCAGGAUCAGAAAUAAUCUUAUAUGUAAAUUUCAAAUCUAGAUCUCUAGUUUGCAAGGUUAAAUUUGUAGUCAGUCUUUAACUCUUUGUUUAUAAAAUGAACUCAUUAUUGACAGCUGCCUCAAUAGUAGAUCUCGUUAAUAAGGCAAUACUCGGAGUGAUAACUUUGCAAUCGAUUAAUUCAUAGACAUUUUGUUUCAUAUAUUCAUCGCAUCUUCCACUCCGGGAAAGCAAGCUGAUUUCUGGAAACCCAUGCCCACGUUGCAUCAUCAGGGUGAAGCAAUUUUUCAGGUAUUCUUUUUUCUAAUGAAUAGGCAAAGCAGCGGAAAAUUUAAUAGUUUCAAAGACUGAUUUUGGUGAGUUUGAAAACAUUCACCGGAGUAACGCCUUGAACUUGUCAUGUAUAACAGGUUAAACUGAUAGUUCAAGUUUUUCCAUAAUCAGUCAAAAUUUCAAUCGGUACGGUUUUUUUUUAUUCAAAAGACCCAUCUUAUAUAUCGGCCACUGCAUUAACUUUUUCUUUUUUGAACUUUUCAACAUUAAAAAAGCAAGAAAACUUGACUGUUGAAAAAUAAGAAAACAACAUCACUAGGUCAAUGAAGAUCAACUUUCAAAAACUUUGAUGUUCAUAAUCCCUU